UGAUGGCGGCGGGCGGCGCGGCGCUGUGGCGGCGGCUCUCGGCCUGGCUGCCCCCGGCCUGGCUGCCCCGCGGCCGCCUCGGCCUGGCCGCGCUGCUCGGCCGCCUCUCUGACCGCCUCUCCCGCGGCCGCGACCGCCGCGCCCGCAGAUCAUCAUGGCUUCUUCUAGCCCCACUGCUCACCCCUCCUGUUCCAGUGAUCACAGCCCCACCGUGUUCGCUCUGUCCAGAAGGAGCACACAGGUUCCAGUGGAUUGGGAAUCUGGUCCCAGAGUUUGGGAUCUCCAGCUCACACGUCAAGGUGCUUUCAUCCCCUGCAGAAUUCUAUGAACUCCUGAAGGUGCAGAUCAAAGCAGCCAAGCAGCGGGUGGUGAUGGCCUCACUGUACCUGGGAACAGGGCUCCUUGAGCAGGAGCUGGUGGAUUGCUUAGAAGAAACGCUGGAGAAAUCCCUGCAAGCAAAAGGCUCGCCUGACCUCAGAGUUUCCAUUCUCCUGGACUACACCAGGGGCUCCCGGGGCAGGAAGAAUUCUCGGACAAUGCUGAUCCCGUUGCUGCAGCGAUUUCCCGAGAAAGUCCGUGUGUCCCUCUUCCACACCCCAAACUUGCGUGGACUUCUCCGGCUCCUGAUUCCAGAGCGUUUCAAUGAGACCAUUGGGCUGCAGCACAUCAAGGUGUAUCUCUUUGAUGACAAUGUGAUCCUGAGCGGCGCAAACCUGAGUGAUCUGUACUUCACCAAUCGGCAGGACCGCUAUGUCCUGCUGCAGGACUCUCCAGAGAUUGCAGACUUCUUCACAGAGCUUGUGGAUGCAAUUGGAGAUGUGUCCCUGCAGUUGCAGAGGGAUGAUACAGUCCAGAUGAUGGAGGGAAUGGUACACCCAUACCAAGGAGACAAGGUGGCUUACUGCGAGAUUGCCAACCGGAGGGUCAUGGAGGUCAUCAACUCUGCCCGGACACGGCAAGAGCUCCUUCAUGCAAAGACUUUCCACAGCAGCCAUCCAGGCAGCUCUCUGUUAUCCCAGCAAGGCUCUCAAGCAUCUGGGGGUCUGAAACCAGAACCUGACACCUGGAUCUAUCCCUUGAUCCAAAUGAAACCUUUUGGUAUUCAAAUAGAUGAGAUGGUCACAGAGACACUGCUGACCGAGGCUGAGCGGGAUGCCAGGAUAUACCUCACCACUGGCUACUUCAACCUGACUCAGGCCUACAUGGACCUCAUCCUGGGCACGAGGGCUGAGUACCGGAUCCUCCUGGCCUCGCCAGAGGUCAAUGGGUUUUUUGGUGCCAAGGGGGUGGCAGGUGCCAUCCCUGCUGCCUAUGUUUACAUUGAACACCAGUUUUACAGCGAGGUCUGCUACCUGCAGCAGCAGGAGAGGGUGCAGCUGCAGGAGUACUCCCGUGCCGGGUGGACGUUCCAUGCCAAAGGCCUCUGGCUGUACCUGGCAGGGAGUGACCUGCCCUGCCUGACCCUGAUCGGCUCUCCGAAUUUUGGGUAUCGAUCAGUUCAUCGUGACUUGGAAGCCCAGGUUGCGAUAGUGACAGAAAAUAAAGCCUUGCAGCAGCAGCUCCAUCAGGAGCAAGAACAGCUUUACCUCUGCUCAGGUGUGGUCUCAACGUCAACGUUUGAGCAGCCAAAUCGUUAUGUGAAGCUGUGGGUGAAGCUGGUGACACCUCUGAUCAAGAAUUUCUUUUGAAAGAAGAAAAGCUGCUGCUUUGGGUUGAAGGUCCAGACGUAGGUGGGCCCUCGCAUCCGUGUCUUAUAGACGGGACAUUCAUAGACGUUGGUGGUGUCCACGCGGUCCACAGGGAUGGCUCUGAGCAAGAUGACCGGCAUGGUGGGCGUCAGCUCCUUCAGCAGCGCGUCAGCAAUCGACCCCGAGGCGACGUCCCAGCGCGCACCUGCAACGUGACAGCGGCGUUGGGUGACCCUCACAGCUGCCCCGGGCUUCUCACCAGGGGCUUUGUUCAGAACUACUGAUGGGUGGGAGCUGGAGGAUGAAGGGUGGAUAGAGUGGCUCAGUAGUGGUUAGGGCUGACGUGUCCUCAACUCACUGUGACCCAGGACUGCAUUUGCCUUACUGUGUGUGGGAUGUCUGAAUAAAUUCUGUCCCCACCCCUCCCUUCAGCACGGCUUUGCAUGGGAAUUGCAGAGCUAAAGGUGAACUGGCUGUGGUGGGAUCUACCACACACUGUCCUGUGUGCUCUGCGCUCUUGUCCAAGCGGACCCCUCAGCUCCUCUGCUGAACUGCCUCCUUCCCCUUCAUUUCAGCAGUAAUUAUUAUAGGUUUGAGUUUUCCUAUUUGUCUUACUCAUACAUCAAAUAAGAAUGUGACAUAUUUAA